AUGAAGCUGGGCCAGAAAUUAAAGAAGCCUUGUUCAUCCACGAAGCUGAUUCUGCAAGAGAUCAUCGGUUUGACCACAAAGAACGCCAAUGGGUUGUCGUCGGUCACCUGCACAUCGAAAUGCGCUUACUUGGCGGGAUGUGUUGCGGUGGUCUAUGAUGUUGAUUCGUCCUCUCAGUCGCACCUUGUUGUAUCUCACCGGAUGCCUAAGCCUUUGAGCUGCGUGGCCGUUUCGCAGAAUGGGCGGUUCGUAGCUGCUGGAGAGUCUCCGAAUCUCUCUGCAGUCUUGAUUUGGGAUUGUGAGACUUUGGGACUUGUGGCGGAGCUGAAAGGUCACCUUUAUGGAGCUCAAUGUCUUUCCUUUUCACCAAAUGGGGAAUAUCUGGUGAGUGUUGGAGCAUACAUAUAUCUCUGGGACUGGCGAAGAAGCAUCUUGGUGGCGAAGGUCAAAGCGAGUUCUAAUUGCUCUGACAUCACCUCUGUGACAUUCUCAUCCAAUGGAAAAUUCGUUGUCACUUCCGGGAACAAGCACUUGAAGUUUUGGACAAUGAGUUCUUUUCAGAGGACCCGGUCAAGUAAAGUAGGAUCUCUUGCACUUCAUGGGAAGCCAACUGAGAGUGGGUUUCAAAAAGGAAACUCAUUUGUAUCAGUGGUAUCAGCCAUCAGAGUGAACUCUAGUGGAAGUGACGAACGAGCUGAUGAAGUUAUGUCGAUAUAUGCUCUUACAGAUGCAGGUAUUCUGCUGCUCAUGAGUUAUGGGAUGUUAAUCAAGAAGUCAGUGGAUCUGAAGGUUGAAAAAUGUUUUGCUCUAUGUGCAUCCAGUCGACUGAUAGCCUGCGCUUGCAGCAAGGGAGAGAUCCAACUAUUUACUCCUGAAACUUUAGAAUAUGCUGGCACAAUACACUUUUCAGAUGCUAGAAAAAGCGAUAAUGACAACCAUUCUCAUUCAGCAGAAGUUGAAAAUAUAGAAUCUCAGCCUGCUAUCUUUCCAGACGCAGUUGCUUGCCAGUUUUCUACCACAGAUAAGCUCGUUGUCAUCUAUGAGGAUCGUAGUCUCUAUGUUUGGAAUGUGAAUGAUGUGAACAAGCCUACUAGGUGCUCUAUGAUGAUAUCACAUUCUGCCUGCAUUUGGGAUAUAAAAAAUCUCUCUUGUGGAAAUAUGCACAGUCCAACGGCUGCAUGUGUAGCUAGGGGUUGCUGUGAAGGGGUUUCCUUCACUACGUGUUCUGAAGAUGGAACCAUAAGGUUGUGGGAUCUUGCUCUCCAACUGGAUCCAUUGGAUGCCAAUGGAAGCAAUUCCUCAGAAUCUGAAACGCAUGGGACUAUGCAUCUAGCUAGUGCUGGAAUUUUUGAACGUGAUCUCGUUGAGACAUGUGGUACCACAUUUGGUUUCCGAGCACUGGCAGUAAGUGAAGAUGGAAAGUACUUAGCAGCUGGUGACUGUGGAGGGAACCUUCACAUAUAUGAUCUACAAGAAUCAGAAUAUACAUGCUUUACCGAUGCUCAUGAUGCAGAAAUUCAGUCAUUGAGCUUCAGCUUUCCUGGACUGAAAGAUGUUGAUUCUGAAAAUGACAUAAGCAGCGAUUUCUUGCUUACGUCUGGUGGAAAGGGCCGAGCGAUCCACAUUUAUGAUGUCAAAAGGAACUUUGAUCCUGUUGGGAGUGUUUGUGGUUCAGCUGCUAUAACUUCUGUUAAAUUCGCAUGUAAUGGCCGGAAAAUUUUAACUUCUGGUGCAGAUAGGUUGCAGUUUUUUGACGUUGUCAGAAAAGCAAGUAGUGUGCGUCUUUCACCAUCUCAUCCUCAAACUCUCUCACAAGGAACAAUCUACGAUAUGGCUGUAGAUCCAACAUCAGGACUUGUUGUCACAGUGGGACAGGAUAAGAAGAUAAACAUAUUCGACACUGAAAGUGGAAAACUUGUCAGAUCAUUCAAGCUAGACAGAGACCAUGGCGAUCCCGUAAAGGUCAUUUUGGAUCCAAGUUGCAGCUACUUGGCAUGCUCUUACUCCAACAGGACAAUCUGCUUUCUGGACUUUGUCACAGGAGAGUUGGUUGCGCAGGCCACAGGACACAGUGAAACUGUGACUGGUGUUAUUUUCCUACCUGACUGCAAACAUAUCAUUUCAGUUGCAGGUGACGGCUGUAUUUUUGUAUGGAAAUUGCCUUUGCGAAUGGUUACUCGUAUGAUACGGGCAGUAAAUGAAGAUGGUAGGUUAGUUCCUGAAACGGUGGCCCAACAACCCGCAAAGUUUAUGCAAAUUGUGGUUGAUUUGGAGGAAGACAAUCCAAACGAUGCAUCAUAUUCUGCAAAAUGUAAGCUAGUUGAAGAGAACGCAGAUCAGAUGCAGCAACGCUCCCCAUGGACAUCUUCAUUUAAGUUCAGCGUUUCUCGGCUUCCUAAGUGGGCUCAAGCUAAAGCCGAAACACAUGGUAUUGCUACCACUUGUAAGGAUUCCAUUUCAAACCAGAAACAUGAAGAUGAAGUUCUAGUGAAUGCAGUUGGCUCUGCUGAAGAAUGCUCUUCUGUGAAUCUUGAAUGCCAAACUCCAAAACAAGAUUCAAGAACCGAACAGUCAAACCAUGGAAGCCUGUCCAAAAGCUCCAGCGACACUGAAACUUCAGUGCUUCGAGGAGAUGCUCAUAGCCAUAGGAAGGAAACACGCUGGAACACUAUCUACAACGUGUGUUUUGAUCUUAUAAAUUCUCCAAACAUCCAAACAUCUUCCAUUAAACAACAGAAACCAGAAAAUCUCUGCACCAAAAGCUCUGUUGAGCAGGAGGACAUGCUCAAGCUGUUUGAUAACAGUUUGUCAAUGAUAGACAAGGUGGAGGCCGAGAAAACAUCGCAGCAAAGAAGAUACUCUACUCAGUUUGUUCUUAGAAGGGACUACAUCAGUGGAAGUGGAACCAAACAGUUUCUGCGUACACCCUCCCAUAAAUCAGGGUACAAGACUUUGAGGUCGAUCCAAGAACAUCUCCCUCUUGAUACGUUUAAAGAUCAAUCUUCACAGAGCUCAGACGAACACCCUGAACAGGAGAAGACCUCUUCAGAAGUAUUCCACGAUACACUUGCAGACGAUUCACUUCAAGAGAGAAUAACUUGUUGUCGUCAAGCAUUGCAUGGUUUGAGCGCUGCUGCUUCUGUUUUCGUCCAGUCGAUGUCGGAAUUGUCUACAGCUUCUCCCCGAGAUCGAGUCUCAGACGAACUCAGAACUCAGUUGUUUGAUGAAACAGCUUUGAUGAUUCCAGAAAUGUCUCAGAAAAUUAAUGAAGUUGUUGCCAAGAUGAUGCUUGAGCACAAAAAUAGAACACAAGUGAUAGAUAAUUUGUCUCCGAUUAGUUCAAAACAGUAG